AUGCCCAACUUCCUUGCUUUACUCGCCCCGAUAAUAUUCGGCGCUGCUGUCGCAGCCGCACAAUCUGCUUCAUCAUCAACUGUCGUAUGCGUUGCUGGGCAAUGCCUCCAAGGGUUCACGAACACGACCAUUGGCGCGACAUUGUCGGCGAAAGACGCGUCCACUAGCGUUCUUCUGCUUCCGGGAACGUACACCUCGACAACCAAUCCUGCCCUGCUCCAUUCCCUCCUCACAGCAUCCUCCGCGUCGCUCUCCCCCGCGACGGGCUUCAACGUUUCGAACUCUGUCUCACUUCCUCUCAACGUCGCUCUAUCAUCGGGCCUCGCCGUCUAUCCAUCGGCCAACUACUCUGGCUCUGCCUCUUUCAGCGGACUUCCCAGUGCGCCAGCAGGCAACUCGUCCUCCUCCACCCCACUAUCUGCCGGUUCACUAGCACUAGCCUCCAACAUUUGGGUGGCUGUCUCCACAUCUUCAUCGUCAAGCGAUCGCGUCAUCCUCUGGGAUUCCAUUCCGGACGUCGCGCAGCUCCCUGCUGGUUCGGGCUCGUCCCUUUCCUUGCUCGACCUCCAAUCCUCGUCUUGCUCACCGCCCUGCUCUGGGAACGGCGUUUGCUCCGCCUCCGGAACGUGCACAUGCCCCACAGGAUUCACCGGCUCGUCCUGCGAGUCGUGCGCGGACGGGUUCUUCGGGUCUGAAUGUCAGGCGUGCCCGGCCGGUUGCACGGACUGCGACGAUGGGAUGUCGGGUACGGGACGUUGUCUGAGCGUCACGGUAUCGAACCCGCCGAGCAGCUGCAACUGCCUCAAUGGCGAAUGUCAGAGUGAUGGAAGCUGUACCUGUAUCGCUGGAUGGACGACGGCCACGAACGGUACCGCAUGUGGCAAGUGCGCAUCUGGCUUCUUCCUGACCGAUGCCGGCGACUGCGAAGUUUGUGCACUGGGGUGCACGGAUUGCGCCGAUUCCAGUGGUACAUGCAUCACCUGCUCUAGUGGUUUCACGCAGAACGCCAAUGAUCGUACUCAGUGUGUGGCGACGGCCGCCUCGACGUCUACCGGUACUGUCUGUCCCGACGGCAGCUUCAGCAACGGGACUGCUUGCCAGCCGUGCGCAGCCACCUGCCAGACGUGUAACGGACCUACUUCGAACGACUGUAUCAUCUGUGGCACGGGCAACUACAAGCUGAACGGUUCAUGUGUUUCCACGGACAGCAAUGGCGUUUGCGAGGGCACGACCGGGAUGGUUGCGGACAACAACAAGCACGAGUGCAACACGUGUCCCGCUAAAUGCACCGGAUGCAAGAUCCCCAACUUCACUGUUGCAUCGACGAUUGAUCAAGCCCAAUGCACUGGCUGCCUGCCUGGCUUCGUCCUCUCAAAUGGCAAGUGCGUUGAGAGCUGCCCGUCAGCAACCUUCCUUUCACCCACGGACAACCUCACCUGCACUGCUUGCGACUCGUCCUGCAGCACGUGCGCUGGCUCGUCGACGUUCUGCUUGACUUGCGCGAACAAUCAACUGGCGUCUGAGGGAUCAUGCGUCGCGUCCUGUCCCUCAAAUACGUUCAGUUCUUCUGGCAAAUGCAUCCCCUGUCAUCCGGACUGCGCGACCUGCUCGGGCGCAGGGUUCAACCAAUGCUCAUCUUGCCCAUCAAAUCGGCCGGUUCUUACCAACGGCCGAUGCUUGCCCACGUGCAGCAAGAACCAGUUUUUCGACAAGACCUCGAGCACCUGCCAAAGCUGUGAUAGCAGCUGCAGCAGUUGUUCCGGAUCGGGCCCGAGCAACUGCUUGGCGUGCUCAAGUUCGAGCCAGGUUCUGAGAGGGGGCACUUGCGCUUCCGCAAGCUGCUCUGGCAACUCUACCGUGGUCCCCGGACUUGGCAUAUGCCUUUCCGAUCUUGUAAUGGUCCCUGUCGUCACGGCGUCUGGCACAACAUCCGCCGUACCGCUCCCUACUAUCACCGGCAUCAACACGCCGAUCACGACGAAGAGCUCAUUACGCCCUUUGGCUUGGUGGGAGAUACUCCUUAUGGCCUUGGGCUGCGCCUUCAUCUUCGUGGUAAUCCUCAUGCUCUGGCGCCGACGCGCACGCCAGAAGCGCGCCCAGCAAACGGCCCAGUUCGCGACCGCUCGCGGGAUCAAGCCCCCCAGCUGGAGACGCCGAAUGCUCUGGCGCCUCUUCGGGCGCGGUCAGCAGCCCAUUCAACUCACCGUGACGGCCCCGGACGAUGCGGAGGCGAUCAAGCUGAUGAAGAUCAGGAACGCGGAGGAGGCGCGGCACCACCACGAAAUGGAGAAGUUGCAGCUCUACGGCGCUUACGAGUACUCGACGCGUUCCAGCCCCUCGAGGGCGCCUUCCGCCUUGCCUUCACUGCAUGACGACAGGCAUUUCGAUCAUCGCAGAGAUUCCAGCUGGAGCGGCUCCGGCCAGGGGCUGAACCGCCUUUCCAGCUCAGACGGGAGCAUCUACUCGCAGAUCACUGGCAUGCCGCGCAAAGGGCCGGAGCCACGUCAGCCCGUCAAAGACCGCGACGGCGCGGGCAGGCUCAUGCCCCCGACCUCCCGGUUUUCCAUGUCCACCAAGAGCUCGAACGGCCGUCCACCGUCCGAGACUCAGGACACCGUCGCGGUCGCUCCUCUCAUCGAUCUUGACCAGGAGGAUAGGAGAUCGUCGGCGGAACGGUACGCGACGGACAUGAGGGCGCAGAAGCACCUCGUUUCCGCGAACACUGGCGGUUCGUCAUCGUCACUAGGGUCGCGCAACCCGUUCCGACGAUGAAUGGGGGAAGGCUUGGUUGAAGACCCGGACUCAUUCUCUCCGUUUCACUGCACGACUCCGCGUACGGACCACGACACCAACAUCUGUAUUAGACCCGUUUCGCACUCACUUUACCAGAUGCAUACAUAGUUUAGACUCUUCGUAUUCAUCACAAUGUAUC